AUGGAGGGGAACUUGACACUCCUGCUGGGCAGGGUGGGCUCUGAGGACAUGUUGGUGGAUUACAUAUUACCAACAUCUAACUCCUCUGUGGCCUAUGAAUACGGCUUCAUCUACCCAGAACUGGAUAUCAGCUGCGAUCUUGAAAACACUCCUACGUUUGCUUCUACCUUUUUUCCAGUGCUGUACUCCCUACUCUUUGUGACUGGCCUUGUGGGAAAUUCUUUGGUCAUUUGGGUCCUAAUAGCCCUCAAGAAAGUCAGGUCCAUGACUGAUGUGUAUCUGCUGAACCUCGCCAUCUCUGAUCUCCUUUUUGUUUUCUCCCUCCCCUUCUUGGUUCAUUAUUCCAUCAGCAGCCAGUGGACUUUUGGAAAUGCAGUGUGUAAAAUCGUCAGCUCAACUUACUUCAUUGGUUUCUACAGCAGCACCUUCUUCAUAACCAUCAUGAGCAUUGACAGGUACUUGGCCAUAGUCCGGUCUGUCUAUGCCCUACAGGUUCGAACAACUACCUAUGGGGUUAUCAGCAGCCUGGUCAUUUGGGCAAUUGCUAUUUUAGCAUCAGCACCAGAAAUAAUUUUUUUCCAGGAAAUCAAUGACAAUAACCAGACUAAGUGCGUCCCUCACUAUCCUGACAGCAAAAAUGGCUGGAAGACUUUCAGUAAUUUUGAAGUCAAUGUCCUAGGUUGGUUGAUCCCUGUUGGCAUCCUCCUCUUCUGCUACCACGGCAUCUUGAAAAACCUGCAGAAGUGCCAUACUCAGAACAAGUACAAAGCAAUUAAACUGGUUUUUGUUGUUGUCAUUGUGUUCUUCCUCUUCUGGACCCCCAUCAACAUUGUGCUUUUUAUGGACUCUCUGAGGAACAUGCACAUCAUUGAUGACUGCCUGACAAGCCAAAGGCUAGACCUAGCCUUGGAGCUGACUGAGGCACUCUCUUUUAUCCACUGCUGCCUCAACCCGGUCAUCUAUGCCUUUGUUGGUGAGAAGUUCAAGAAGUAUCUUCAUGAAGCUUUCAGAAAAUACGUGCGUUUUCUGUUGAUCUGCAAAGACCACCGUGUUUUUGAAGGGCGCCGUCUGGACAAGCACUCCUCUCUGAAUGUGACGUCCUCACAGUCAUCUUUUCUUGGCAGUGUCUUGUAA